CUAAACAAAACACCGACGCACCACAACGGGACAACCGCAAGUCAUCCUACAGACCUUUUGACACAGAGCGUUCUGUGAGGAGUUUAUAAGUGUGUAUUUGGCAGUCACUCUUGAGGGUGUGUUUUACAUCAGACAGCUAUGAGUGGUAACUACAUUGUGGCGUUACAUGGUCCAGCCCCCUGGGGCUUCAGACUGCAGGGGGGGAAAGACUUCAAUUUGCCCCUCACCAUUUCACGGCUGACGGAUGGAGGAAAAGCUGCUAAAGUGGGCAUUGCUGUUGGAGAUUUGGUUCUCUCCAUCGAAGGCAUCAGCACUGAUGGCAUGAACCAUCUAGAGGCUCAGAACAAGAUCAAAUCCUGUGCAGAGCACCUCAAUCUCACCUUACAGAAAGCGUCCAGUUUUACAAAACCAGAUGUGGCACCAAAGGAUAAUUCUGUGGAAGUUAUCAAGCCCGUUCCCAUGACAACCUCCAUUCCAUCUUCCUCUGACAUCAAAAACACCACCCACAUCACUACAUCAUCCAAUAAGAGCGCUCAUCCGUUUGGAGAGACAGGGACAACACCCAUAGCCUCCAUUCCCUCCCCUGCAUCUGCUUUUGCACCCGCCUCCUCAGCUCAAAGGCCUAAACCACUGGCUCCGCCCACCCCCACUGACAUGACAGCUGGCUCACUCAAUCAUCUGCCUGUAGUGCCCCGCCCAUCCGUCUAUAACACGCCCAUCAAUCUCUACUCCAAUGAGAAUGCCUGUGAGGUAGCUAUGGGCCAGAGGCGGGGCCUGCUGGAAAGCCAGGGUGAGAGCUCACAGCUUAAUGGAAAACCUCAAGUUUACAGACUUCCUCGUAAGCUGGUCACAGAGACAGACAUUGAGUUUUAUCACGUCCCGACACACAAUGAUGCCAGCAGGGUACGCAUCAUGCAGGACACAGAAGACUGGCACCCGCGGACAGGAACUUCACAGUCCCGCUCAUUCCGUAUCCUUGCUCAGAUCACCGGCACUGAAUCUGAACUCGAUCGUUCACAGGAGGCUGAAUCUGCAAAAAACGCAACAAAUGAAGAGCUUGAUGAUUCUCAGCCCAGCACUCAUAUCACCUGUCCUGUUAAGACGAUGAUCAAAGCCCCAGGAACGCCUGUCAAAAGUACAGCAGGUCUUAUCACUCCCACUUUUGGUGUUGUGAGCAACAGCAUACCUUUGGGCCCUGCCUUGGACCGCCCAAUGCCCCGCCCACACCCCAAAGAUGAAGCCUCAUUGGUCCAGAGGGCGGAACACAUCCCGGCUGGAACACGUACUCCUAUGUGUGCUCACUGCAAUCUGGUUAUCAGGGGUCCGUUCCUGAUGGCAAUGGGAAAAUCGUGGCACCCCGAGGAGUUCACAUGUGCACACUGCAGUGUAUCUCUUAGUGAAUUGGGUUUUGUGGAGGAACAGGGCUCUGUGUACUGCCAGCACUGCUAUGAAGAGUUCCUUGCUCCAACCUGCGCACGCUGCCAAUACAAAAUCCUGGGGGAAGUGAUUAAUGCACUGAAGCAGACUUGGCAUGUGUAUUGCUUCCUAUGUGCAUCCUGCCAGCAACCAAUAAGAAACAAUACAUUUCACCUUGAGGACAGAGAGCCCUACUGCGAGAGAGACUAUUAUAGUUUGUUUGGGACUGGUUGCCAUGGUUGUGAUUUCCCAAUAGAAGCAGGAGACCAGUUUUUAGAGGCCCUUGGCUUCACAUGGCACGACACCUGCUUUCUGUGCUCAGUGUGCAGCGUCAGUCUGGAGGGUCAAACUUUCUUCUCCAAAAAAGACAAACCACUUUGCAAGAAACACGCUCACCAUCUCAAAAUAUAAAAAUUAAAGUCAUUUUGAUUUUUAAAAUAGCAAAGUGUAAAGAUUGCAUACUUCCAAAUAUAUCGUAGAAGCAUCGCAAGCUCACAAAAUAUCAUUGGAGAGGCAACGAUUAUUAAUGGUUUUUGUUGGUUUGUUAUUUUUGUACAGAAUGUGAGCUGAUGUUCUGAAAGAACUAAAGGCGCUUUUAAAACUUUGUUAUUUUAUUAAAUCAAAGAAAUGUCAGAGGACGUUCUUGAUGCAAGACCUGAUCAUACAUUAUCCCUUACUGAAUGCACUACGAACUAACAUGAACUACCAAUGAACAAUUGUAUUUUUAUUAGCUAACAUUAACAAAGAUGAAUAAAUACUGUCAAAAAUAUAUUGUUCAAUGUUUGUUCAUAAUACCUACUGCAUUAUCUAAUGUUAACCAAUGGAACCUUAUGGUGAAGUGUUACCGGUUAAAUUAAAGGAGCAAAAUGUAACAUUGAUAUCAAGUGUUCAAAAUGGGUACUGCAGAGCAAAUUCAAAAAAUUGGAGAGAGUUGUCUCUCCCGCCCCGUCCUCCCCAGACAUGAAGCUCACACGGGUUGCCAGGUCGAGGACACGCAACAGGAACGAGCAAACUGACAAUGGCAUGUGAUGAGCCUUUCACUGUAAGUUGAUCAGCUAACGUUUAUUGUUUGCAUAUUAUAAACCAGCUCAUGUGGAUUUUUUAUAACUCUGUCAAUGUUAGCUAGAUGUAUUGCUGGCUUCCAUGGCUGCAACGUUCUGUGUUUGUCCGCUAACUUGUUUCAGAUCUGGCAACCCGGGGUGUUGAAAUACUUUUGGGAAAUGGGCAGUGGGUGGUGAUCACACACGCCAAAAUACAAACAGAAAUUCUGGCCCUGAACAGACAUUUCAAAGAAGAAUAUACUGGCUGUAGCAUUGUUUUCGGAGAAGCCAGUAUUUCAACUUAGCAUGUUUCCUAAAUCAUAGUAUAUACACAACAUAGUAUAAUGAUUUUAUGCUUUAGUACAGUAAAUAUAUUACAUGUGGCUCCUUUAAAUAGACAGAAAGUUAAUAAAAAACGAAAAGAAGGGAAAUGUAUUUAUUUCUUGCUUUAAGAUAAUGGGCAACUUUUCUUUUACUAUAUCAGGUAAAAUGCUUGUUUAUAGAUUUUUGUUUUAUUUGUAUUUUUUACAAUGAUAAUGGAAAAUUGGAAUUGCACUUUCAAUUAUUCUGUUUUUUUUGACAAACUCUGGUUUUGAACAACUCUUGUUUGUAUCUUUAAAAGUUGCUUUAAUAAAAA